AUGGUGAAAAUCGUGUGCUUACAACAGUUAAUAAUCUUCUUCCAAGGAACGGCGCUGCAAGCUGGAAACCAGUGGUAUUUCUUUAGCCAUGCCGCACAAAGCAGAACCUCUCCGAAUGGGUACUGGAACCCCGUUGGUGCCGAUGAAACAGUAACAAGCAGUGGCUGUAUUGUCGGCAUGAAGAAGACGCUCAUCUUCUGCACUGGAGAGCCUUUCAAAGGUUUCAAAACAAACUGGAUCAUGCAUGAGUACCACCUUCAAGAUGGAGGAUACAAUGUCAGCGGUAGCAGCACCCCAAGUAGCUCAAGCUCCACUAGGAAAUCCCAGAGGAAGAGACUUCACUCAAGCACGGAGUCCAACAGCUGGGUGAUAUGUAGAGUGUUCGAAUCAAGUUGCGGUUCACAAGUGAGCUUCCAUGAUGAGGGCACAGAGCUUUCAUGCUUAGAUGAGGUGUUUUUGUCGUUAGAUGACUACGACGAAAUGGCCUGA